GCUGCAUUCCAAAACUUCCACAGAGUUCCGAACUGCAAGAGAGCUCCGAAGCUCUCUGCAUGGAGCGAUGGAAAAGCUGUUUCGAAUUUCGAUUCGGUGGGACCCAAGGCGGUGGAACCAGAAGGAAGGGGCCACCGCUUCGUGCUUUCAUCCAAGGUUCUGGAUCCUCCAGCUCCCGCCGCAGUAGCCGAUAUAUCAGAGUCCUCGAUGGACGCUGU